AUGACAACCGUGCUUGAAACCUGCCGCAUUCCACCGGCACCAGGCGCCGCCGCCGAGCUAUCACUGCCGCUAUCCUACCUCGAUGUGACCUGGAUUCACUUCACCCCCAUCCGCCGCCUCAUCUUCUACGCCCACCCUUUCUCCCAAUUCGAAUUCCUAAACACCACUAUUCCACACCUCAAACAAUCCCUCUCCCUCACUCUCAAACACUACCUCCCCGUCGCCGGAAACCUCCUCUACCCUUCCGACACCGCGCAGAAGCCCGCGAUCCGCUACGUCGCGGGCGACUCCGUCCCGCUCACGAUCGCCGUCUCCACCAACGACUUCGACCACCUCACCGCGAACCACCCGAGAGAUGCGGAUCAAUUCUACGAUUACAUCCCUUUGAUGCCGCCAACGACGACAGACGGGGACGAACGCAGAGUCGUCCCCGUCUUCGCCCUCCAAGCUACGUUGUUUCCCAGCUCGAUCGUCGGAUUCGUCAAAGCGUGGGCCGAGAUUAACAGGCUCGGAGGCAGAUCCGAGUAUGUAUCUAUCGAAAAUCGGGAAAACCGGCCGAUUUUCGAUAGAGGACUUAUUAAUGACCCAUGUGGAUGGGACCAAUUGAAUUGGGAAGUGAUGAGAGAGAUUCCUUUCACACCUCCGCCUUCAUGUGACCCGGUCCCCACAGACCGGGUCAGGGCUGCGUUCACUUUGAACCGGACCGAUUUAGAAAAACUGAAAAAAACCGGUCCGGUUCAGAUCUCGUCGUUCGUGGCCGCGACGGCGUUCGUCUGGAGCUGUCUGGCGAAGUCCGGCCGUGGGGAAAGCGACGUCGCGGAGUACUUCUCGUUCGUUAUCGACGUGCGCAGGCGGGCGGAUCCACCGGUGCCGGCGAGCUACUUCGGCAACUGCCUGAGCUACGCGAUGGCGAGGGUGGAGCGGGGGCGGCUGGCGGGGGAGGAGGGGUUUGCGGCGGCGGCGGAGGAGAUCGGGAGGGUGAUGAGGGAGAGGGUGAAUAGGAAAGAGGAGGUUUUGAGAUGUAUGCAGAAUUGGCGGGAAAGCUAUGAGGAGAUGAAGGGGAUUAGGGCGGUUGGGGUUUCGGGGUCGCCGAAGUUCGAUCUUGGCGCGGCGGAUUUCGGGUGGGGGGAGGCGAGGAAGGUGGAGGUGCUGUCGAUUGACAGGGAGAGUUCGAUGUCGCUGAGCAAAUCGAGGGGCGAAGGCGGCGGAUUGGAGGUGGGGUUGUCGUUGGAGAAGAAGAGGAUGGAAGCUUUUGCUGCAAUAUUUGCUCAAGGCCUAUAG